AUCUUCAGAUGGUCAACAUUUCGCUUCGGGUUUUGUCUAGACCUGAUGCUAUGCAGCUUCCUCGAAUUUACCGAACGCUAGGGCUGGACUGGGGAGAGCGUGUGCUACCCUCAAUUUGUAACGAGGUACUCAAAAGCGUGGUCGCCAAAUUUAAUGCUUCACAGCUGAUUACACAACGACAGCAGGUCUCGUUGUUGAUCCGAAAGCAGUUGGUGGAACGCGCCAAAGACUUCAACAUCAUUCUGGACGACGUGUCCAUUACGGAGUUGUCAUUCGGUCGUGAAUAUGCUAGUGCCGUCGAAGCAAAACAGGUUGCCGCCCAAGAGGCCCAGCGGGCUGCCUUCUUCGUCGAAAAGGCAAAACAGGAACGGCAGCAGAAAAUCGUGCAGGCUGAGGGCGAGGCUCAAGCAGCAAAGCUGAUCGGAGAGGCGGUGAACCGAGAUCCCGGUUUCUUGAAGCUGCGUAAAAUGCGUGCAGCCCAGUUGAUCGCUCAUACUGUAGGUCACAUGAAACAACUGGCACAAUCCCAAAACAAGAUGUACCUCGACGGUGGAAGUUUAAUGUUAAACAUUGCCGGGGAGCACUAUUUUGACGACGCAGACAGAAUGUCGAAAGCUAAGAAGUAGCC